UUGACUAGUUCUGGUUUGAAUUGUAACUAAGUGCAGAUAUAUGAUUACCUAUUUAUUAUUCAUUUAACCGAGAAGAAAAUGCAGUUUUGAUGUUAAAAUAUGCCUGUUAGAUGCCGACAUGGAUUUGCUCAGUCUUCACGUCACAGUUGAAAAUGUGAGUCAGUGUUUACUCGCACGAUGAUGUACUUGUCGCCUUUAAGGCGAUGUAGCCGUACGAAUUCAUGUUGGUUCAAACAAUCCUUUUAAUGUUUACACUUGGUGUCGGAUGACCCCCGGUGGAACAUGUGAAUCGGCUCUGAUGCCACGAAGCACUUCCUUUCACAUGCUUAGCCAGAGUGUCAAUGAUGAUCACGUUUUCCACCUCCUUCAUUUUGGACCAACUCUCAUUUUCCAGAUUUUAAAUGAAGGCGUCAUGCUUUUAAUUAGCGAGACAUUCCCUUCAUUCUCCGCUGCCCGCUGUGUUCCGCUCUCUCUUUCUAUCGGAUCAUAUUUGAGAGCUCAGCUGACAUUAGCUUGUUGGGGGGGAAAGCAGGCGCCACCUCUCUCCCUCUCCCCCCUGAUCAACCCUCGCUUUGGCAUACUCGAUGCGCUCACGUGGCGUUAUGACUCAGAAAUAUGUGCAAGUUCACCAAUGAAUUAUUCCACUGCUAUGAAUGGAACAUGGGAGUCUAAAAUGUGUUUCAUUUCACACAUCUACAAGUGAACCGUUCAAGUUAAAUGGUCCUGAAGUUAAGUCAUGUACUUAUUGAAAAAUAAAAAGGGGACGCCUUUGAAUAUAAAUUGGUGGAACAACGUGCCUCUAACCUCACGCCUCAGUUCAGUCAGCAUGAAAAGUAUUAGCUUUUGGUGCGUUUUUUAUUUGUUUGCUGCUCCACUUGUUUCAAAAGAAUUCCAUUGAACUGUGCCUUUAGUCACACAGUGCGUUUGUUGUCAGGGAGCUCGAUGUGGAGGCCAUGAGGGAGGCAGCAGCCAUGUUGGUCGGAACUCACGACUUCAGCAGCUUCAGGGCAGUUAACUCCGACAUGCCUUUUAGAAACCCAGUGAAGACGCUUGAUGUCGCCAGCAUACAGCCAGGAAGAGCGUUUGUAUGUGAGCACUUCCACAGAGAAAUUCCAUUCUGGGAGUUGACUUUUCAAAGCAAAUCUUUUCUCUACAAGCAGGUGCGAAGAAUGACGGGAGCCCUCGUGGCCGUGGGCCAGGGAAGGAUCUCACUUACCAAGCUGAAAGACAUCCUGGAGUCUCGAGACUCUCUCGCUUAUCCACACAAUGUCGUUGCUCCAGCCCGCGGCCUCUUCCUCACCAGGGUGGAUUACAGAGAGUCAGAUCUGCUGCCGUCACCGCCAACCUCAACUGGAGACUCGAGUGAUGCACAAACUCAAAUGUGAACGUCCGUGUAUUAAAAAUGUUUUAUUUAA